AUGGGUCGAAGAAAGAUCGAGAUCAAGGCGAUCAAAGAUGAUCGCAACCGCUCAGUUACGUUUUUGAAACGGAAGGGUGGUCUGUUCAAGAAGGCACAUGAGCUGGCAGUUCUAUGCUCGGUAGAUGUCGCCGUAAUAAUCUUUGGCCACAACAAGAAACUGUACGAAUUUUCAUCAUGUGAUAUGCGCGAGACGCUACAUCGAUAUCAAUAUCUCGGCCCACCACACGAGCAUAAGGGUCCGGAGGACUUUAAUGGCAGACGUGAUGACGACGACGAUGAAGAUGAAGAUGGCACAACACCCGCUCCGGAAGAUAUGCAUCCCACACCCCCUCAGAAUGCCCCUCCAAUGAUUCCUGCCCAUCUUCAAGGCCAUCCAGGCUUCCAGCAUGUCAAUCACGCACCUUCAGCCUCUCCUCCGAUCGGCAACGGCAUUCCUUUCGACCCCCGCCACGGAACCCCCCAGCCGCAAGGGGUUUCCAGACCUUCAUCACGAAAUCAUCUUCGACGAGUGAGCUCAAAUAUCGGCACCCAGUCGCAUCAUGCUACUCCUCCGCCCCCGCCCCCGCCUCAAAAUGGAUUCGCCUACAUGCCCAACCCAUCUGUGUAUAACCCCAACGCCCAUAGCCUUAGCCAGCCGCCCCGACCCGCUCAAUUCGCGCAUUUUGGACCUCCGCCUGGAGCGCAACACCCGCCGCCGCCUCAGCAUCAGCCUAUGCCUGCGCACUCUAUGCCACCGCACUCCAUGCCUCCGCAGUCGAUCGCCCAACACCAUCCAACACCCCCGCCACACAUCCAACAUCAGCAUCAUCUUAUGGCUCCGCAGGCGCCUCCGAUGGGUCUUUCGCAACCGCCGCAUGCCACAGUACCGCAGGUCGCUCAGGCUUACCUGCCUGAGCAAGGAAGAAGCUCAAUGCCGCCGACAUUCGCAUCGGAACAUCAGCAACCGCCAUCUCGAACGGUCUCACUACCCGAAGCACCUUUGCCAGAUCAAAUACCUGGUGCCAUGAAGGGGGAGGGAAGUCAGUCACCGCCUCACCAAAGGUCACUAUCCUCCAAGUCGCGGAGUAUCUUCACACCCAUCGAUGAUCGUGGUUCUGUUUUAGCGCGCCAUUUCGGAGUUGGUCCUCCCAUAUCACCAGGUUCUCAGGCCAAGCUUGAAUCUGCACAGGCAGAAUCCAGUGAACUCAAAGCCAUGAGCCAUCCAGUCGCGCCCCCGCCCCCACUUCGCGCUGCCACAGAGGCUCCAUCUUCACAAUCGGUCGCCGAGCUCAAACCGCCGCCAAUCCGAACAAAUAGUGGUCAAUUGCCAAAGCGCCCACAGCUCAAAGUACAGAUACCGAGCGAGAACUCGGAUCGCGGCAGUGCAACGGCAGAAUCAUCCUCACGCGACUCCGCAGGAAACAAAACACUCACGCCCGCUAAAGCCAAUCCCGAUACCAAUCACUCGGGAGUAGUAUUGCCUCCACCGUCACCAUCAGCCGGCGCAAUACUCAGUGCAGGAGCCCAAGGACCUCCGAAUCCAUUCGCAAGGCCCCCGCCUCCUGCCGCGGCAGCCGCAGCCGCAGCUCAAAAUAAUAGUGCGUACAAUAACAACAACAACAUAGAGACACCGAUAUCUGCGCUUCCUAGUCGCUUUGUAUCGGAUGCACUCCUCCCGUCGCCAUCCAGCUUCUUUCCAGAGUGGGGCUUCGGCCGCUCCGGUCCCGACAGUAAUAUGCUUCCAAGCCCUCUCACAUUCCCAACGCCAGCAGUGCAAACAGGCCCUAGUUUUGGACGGGAUGAUGAACAAGACAAGAAGCGCAAGAGCCCAGAUAGUGGAUCGAAUGCCGAAGGGAUCACGAAGAAAACAAAGACAUGA